GUCCGGAAGCUCCGGAAGGCCUAUGGGAAGAGCGAGUGGAGCACCGUAGACCGGCUGAAGGACAACAAACCCACCUACAAGCUCGACCACAUCGUGAAGGAGAGGUACCCAACCUUCAUAGAUGCUCUGCGGGACCUGGACGAUGCCCUCUCCAUGUGCUUCCUCUUCUCUACCUUCCCACGGACGGGCAAGUGCCACGUCCAGACCAUCCAGCUCUGCCGGCGCCUGGCAGUGGAGUUCCUCAACUAUGUCAUCGCCUCCCGCUCCCUGCGCAAGGUCUUCCUCUCCAUCAAGGGCAUCUACUACCAGGCCGAGGUUUUGGGGCAACCCAUCACCUGGAUCACCCCUUACGCCUUCGCCCACGAUCACCCCACGGACGUGGAUUACCGUGUGAUGGCCACUUUCACCGAGUUUUACACCACCCUCCUGGGCUUCGUCAACUUUCGCCUCUACCAGUCCCUCAACCUGCUCUACCCCCCCAAGAUCGAGGGCCAGACUGACGCUGAGCUGAAGCCUGCGGAGGGCAAGGAGUACGCCAUGGAUUCGGAGAGCUACCUGGAGAAACUGUCAGCUCUGAGCGCCAGCCUGGCCCGUGUGGUGGCACCAACCCACGAGGACGAGGUGGAGAUGGACGAGUUCCCGGUGGAGGGGGAGACGGCAGAGCAGAUGGACGCGAGGAGGAAGGAGCAGGACGCCCUAGAGAAGCACAAAAAGCUGUUUGAAGGGCUGCGGUUCUUCCUCAACAGGGAGGUGCCUCGAGAGCCACUGGCCUUCAUCAUCCGGUGCUUUGGUGGCCAGGUCUCCUGGGACAAGUCCCUGUGCAUUGGUGCCACCUAUGACGUGAACGACCCCUCCAUCACCCACCAGAUUGUUGACCGGCCCCGCGUGGAGAAGCAGGUUGUUGGCAGGUACUACCUGCAGCCUCAGUGGGUCUUUGACUCGGUCAAUGCCAAGCUGUGCCUCCCCGUCGCUGACUAUUUCCCUGGUGUCCUGCUGCCCCCGCACCUCUCGCCCUUCGUGACGGAGCAGGAAGGAGACUACAUCCCUCCUGAGAAGCUGAAGCUGCUGGCCAUGCAGAGGGGCGAGAACCCAGAUGAGGAGAGUGAGGAGGAGGAUGAAGAAGCAGAGGAAGAGGAAGAUGACAAUGAUAAAGAAGAAGAGGAGGAAGAUGAGUCUGAAAAGGAAGAGGAGAUGAAAUUGAAGAAGAUAGAAGAGGAGAUGAAAUUGAAGAAGAUGGAAGAGGAGAUGAAAUUAAAGAAGAUGGAAGAGGAGAAGACUCAGAGCAACAAGGUGCUUCCCGUGAAGGUGACCGCUGGCAAGCUGCGGCUGGAGGACAAGCAGCGCCUGGAGCAGGAGCAGCAAAGUGAGGAGAAGCGUCUGGCCAUCAUGAUGAUGAAGAAAAGGGAGAAAUACCUCUACAAGAAGAUCAUGUUUGGCAAGAAGCGCAAAGUCCGAGAGGCAAACAAACUCGCUGCGAAGAGGAAAGCCCACGACACGGCCGCCAAAGAGGAGAGAAAGAAAAGCAAGAAGGCGCGGCGAGCGUGA